AUGCGAGAACGAGCGAUGGUGAAGUGGGAGACUGCUGUUGCUGCUGCAAUAGAUGAGAGAAGUAUUGCAAUUGAAUGGAUAGCAGAUUCUGCAGUUUGCAUGCUUAUGUAUCCCGACAAGCUUCGGAAAGUCACUAGAGCUCAUGUGCCAUCAAGUGAGCUUCGGUUAUGUCUUGAGAAUCGUCAACCAAGCGCUUCAAAGAGUACCGAGUAG